UGUAUCUUGUUGUAUCUCAAAAUGAACUGAUGAAUGUGCGACGAGUGGGCGAAACAAACCUGUUAGACUCCGUCAUCACUAGGAAAACACUGCGUGAUUAGCAGUUAGGGUUCAUGUCACUGUAGGCUAUUCAAAAAGGGGGCGAAAGGUGCGACGACAUCAGGAUCUUGUGGUUCUGUUGAUAAUAAAGGCUCUCUCUCUCUUUCUCUCUCGGCUGUUGCGCUCUUUCCCUCGCUCUGUAAAUGCUUUCGUCUGUUCAAAUUCCAUAGUCGCCUAGCCGGCUGCACUUUCAUACGCUAUAAACGUUGUCUGGAUCUGAAAAUGCAAUUUUGAUGGGAAGAACGUUCUAAUGUCCUUCUGGGGAAUACAAGGGCGACUCGACACUGUUUCAAGAUAGACAAAGGUGUCCUCACACGCGUAUCACAAUGGAUCUCUCAUUUAUGGCUGCGCAGUCGGUCAUGGCGGGGGCCUUCAUGGACUCGCCCAAUGAUGACGACAGCACGGACCACUCACUUUUCAACUCCUCGGCCAGCGUCCAUGCCGCCUCUAUGGCGGCCCAUGACCAGCCGGAGCGGGAGCCCAUGUCCCGCGACGCCAUCUGGCUUUGGAUUGCAAUCACCGCCACCAUAGGGAACAUUGUGGUCGUGGGAGUGGUGUACGCUUUCACUUUCUGAGUGGUGGAAGCCAUGAUGGAGACAUGCCAGCAGGAGGAAGCUUCUGGACAAGACAUUUGGACAUGAGCUAGGAACACCACAGCAGCCAACGGCCACUCUCAAAGUCUACACUGUUACAGAGCAGUGAAUGAUUCUUGCAUUGGCAUCUUGUCCAAGCAUUUGAAAGACAAGGCAUUGUUCACAAUUACAGAAAUUAAUAUGUGUAAUAUGUUGGUCAUGUUACUGCAGCCAAAGGUCAAAAUAUGGAAUAUUGUAUACAUUAGUGCUGUUGACUAUACAUUAAGAUGUUAACAUUUCUGAUGAAGCUUUAAAUAGUGAACAGUGAUGUACUCUGAAUACCCUCAGAUGUGAUUGGUAAAUUCUGAAAUCAUUGGACGUAAAAUAUUCAGAUAAUAAAACCUUAGUAAUGUGCCGUUUGGAGCGUUUAGAGAUCAUUGAAUGGAAAGUAACACCGGUAAGUUUUUAACAUGUCUUUAACAUCACAGUCGUUACUGUAUUCUACAUAUAUCUGCCCAAAAUAUGGAGUUUAUGACAAACAUACUAGACACAGAAUGUCCAAAGAUCUUUACUGUCUGCAUGACAAUAUAGUUCCACCUGACAGCAUCAGUUUUGGAUCAAGUUAAUCUAGUUCUCCGCUUUUCUCCUCUUUUUUGCCUAAGUGAGCCUUGAGUGCUGAAUAGACAAUAUUUUCCCAGCAUAUUUAUAUCUAAGAUGGUAGGGGUAACCUAAAUCUAUUUCUCUUAAACACUCCUAUCAGACCUCAAACCCAUAUGAGCGGGAACUACAAUUUAUAGGAAUGGAUGUUCACCUUGAACACUUUUCACAGAUGUUUACAUGUGGAAACAACAUUCCUCACACUUAGAAGUCACUUGGAUUCAAGUCUAGUGUACAUACAUCUUGAUGUGACUGCUGUAACCAUUUCAAUGUCGGUCUUGAUGUAUAUUUUGAUCGAGUAUUAUCUUUCUUCCUCUUUAUAGUCUCAAACACAUUGUAACCCAAACUGCCUUCCAAGCCAAAUAGUUUUAAUGAGCCCUGGAUGCGACAAUAGUCAGUUGCCAUAGCGAUGCAUCUCUGUCGCUAUGUGCCUCAAAGAUACCAUGUCUCUCGUUCCCAGUGCAGCACACCUGUUUAUCUCUCUCUAAACUCCCUAGCACAUCUACCUAACAGACACACACACACACACACACACACACACACACACACACACACACACACACACACACACACACACACACACACACAGGCUCUUUACAUGUGGACAUCGAUCACAUCAUACAUUAGCUGAUACUCUAUAACAUUAAGAGUCAACUUAGAUACCAUAAGUUGAAUGAUACUCUACACAUAUGAGCUUUAGAGCUCAAAUUGUUUUCUACUGCUGGUUGCCCUUAGAUACCAUAAGCAUUUCAUAUAGUAGAGCAGGACUCUCCAACCCUGUUCCUGGAGAGCUACCCUCCUGUAGGUGUUCUCUCCAACCCUGUUCCGGGAGAGCUACGCUUCUGAAGGUGUUCUCUCCAACCCUGUUCCUGGAAAGCUACCCUCCUCUAGGUGUUCUCUCCAACCCUGUUCCUGGAGAGCUACCCUCCUCUAGGUGUUCUCUCCAACCUUGUUCCUGGAAAGCUACCCUCCUCUAGGUGUUCUCUCCAACCCUG